UGCUGGAAAGAAAACGCAAAACAAGAUGAAUACAGGCUCCCCAAACAGAACAAGCGGUGUUAAGCUACCAACAAGCAGUCAUGAGCCAACACUUCACAUCAGUAAUAAAGGAAGGACACUCCUCCUUAAUCCUGAGUAUCUUCUUGAGGGAUCAAUAGAGAAGCACUGCUAUUUGCUUGGUGUCUUACAAAGUGUUCCAAUGCACCAGAAUCUAUCCAGUCGAAGUGAAACUCUCAAAUUACUGGACAAGAAAAGAACUAAUGGUGAGCUACCAUGGAAGGUUGGAGCAAAGGAGAGAGUGACACUCUGGAUAUCAGCUUAUGGCAUAAAGAUUACCAGAAAUGAUGAGAACUUUUCAAUACUGCAUCGAUUUGGUCUGCACGAGAUUGCUUCAGUUAGUUAUGUACAUGAUGACAGGGAGAAUCUCCUUCUAUUGAAAGUUGGAGGGGAGAGUCGUACACAUUGUCAACUAUUUGUGUUUGCAUGUACCAAAAAGAAACAAGCUGAGGAUAUCUGCAAUGUCAUUGAUCAAGCAUUUGAAAUAGUCUACACUGAGAUAACGGUUCAAAAGUUGAGAGAGUCCAUAGAUGGUGGUUCAUCUCCUCCUUCAUCCACACAAAGAAGACUCCCCAAGCGUCUCUCGUCAUCCACUCCACUCCCAAAACUGGCAGGUGUUCCACCUCCUCACUCAAGAUCAAAGAGAAAAAUACAACAAUCACAAAGGAUCCCCUCAUCAUCUGAAGAAACGCUCCGUCCUAUGGAUACACCUACAGUCACCAUCCAACAUUCACCUUCUCCAAGCACCGGAAGCAAUCGUUCUGAUCCACCAUCUCCAAUACUGGCUCCUUCCAUUGCUCCAAUAGUAGAACAACCUCAAGCUCCGAUAGUGGCUCCUUCCAUUGCUCCAAUAAUAGAACAGCCUCAAACUCCAAUAGUGGCUCCUUCCAUUGCUCCAAUAAUAGAACAACCUCAAACAAAAGAAAUACAAGUAGAGACACACGAGCAAGUAGAGACACAGGAUGAUCCAGAAGUACUAGUAAAAAGAUACAUGGGCAUUUUGCAUACUCAGUUGAAUCUUGGGGAGCUAAUAAAAUUCGCUGAUCAUUUAAAGAACUACAGAUCAGGCCAGACAGUGAGAGAAUUCUGCCUACAGUUGGUGCAGCUCUAUGGAAAAAAAAGACUAUUCUUAAUGGAAGGUAAAACAAAAGAGAGGGGAAGGAUCAUAUAAAAUACAUGUAUACAUACAGAAUUAUUAUUCUAUUUUUCGUUUGAUUAAAAGUCAGUCAACGCUACUAGUGAUUGACUUACAUCCAACGAGAUUUAAAUUUAAAAGCUAGUCUCUCACCUUUUGUCCACAUUAUAGUGUUUUAAAAUUCAUUUUAGCUGACAUUUUUUCUUUGGAAUUGAGCAGAUCUUUUUUUUAAAAAAAUUUAUUUUGUUAGUUUCAUUGACUCACUGUCAACUAACCAGGAACACUACCCCUAUUUUUAGUAAUGUUUUAAAAUUGAAAA